GCAGUCAUCUAUCUCAUCUUGGAAACCAAUUCAAAGAGAUAAGAAAAGACCAGAAAGAAACUCAGAUUUUAAGAGCUUCAUCAAGUCUCAAUAUCAUAAUACUUGUUAAAACCCCCCGAUUGCUGAUCAAUCUAUUUCAAAGAAACAAAAAUCAUGGCAACCAACAUCACCUGGCACGACGGCCUGACCCGCCGCGAGCGCAACCAGCUGCGCGGCCAGCGCGGCUUCACAAUCUGGUUCACGGGUCUGUCGGCGUCGGGCAAGUCGACGGUGGCGACGGCGCUGGAGCAGCACCUUUUGCACCUGGGCUUGGCCGCGUACCGGCUGGACGGCGACAACGUCCGGUUCGGGCUCAAUAAGGACCUGGGCUUUUCGGAAAAGGACCGCAACGAAAACAUCCGCCGCAUUGCCGAGGUGGCCAAGCUGUUUGCCGACAGCUCCGUCGUGGCGCUGACGUCUUUCAUCUCGCCGUACCGCGCCGACAGGCAGACGGCUAGAGAGCUGCACGCGCAGGCCGCGCAAAAGGGCGACGAGCCGCUCGAGUUCGUCGAGGUCUACGUCGACAUACCCAUCGAGGUCGCCGAGCAGCGCGACCCCAAGGGUCUGUACAAGAAGGCCCGCGCCGGAGAGAUCAAGGAGUUUACCGGCAUCUCGGCCCCGUACGAGGCACCCGAGAACCCCGAGAUCACCAUCAAGACCCACGAGAACUCGGUCGAGGAGUGUGUCGCUCAAAUUGUCAAGUGGCUGCAGGACAAGGGUCUUGUCAAGGCUACCCCUUGAGUUCGGUCCGCCAGACAGAUGCUGGCCGAUGGAAUGUAUCCACAUUAGAGAGGCAAACCUCAAACCUAGCCAUGUAGAUACUGGAAAAAAAUAACAAUGUAAAAAAUACCAGAAAAAGAAGCACAAGCCGCGUGUGUGCAGACCUUGGCCAAGUAUGUAGUCAUGUGAAUAGUCAGGCGUAGGCAAUCUAUGGCCCUGCUACGGUAGCUC